AUGGAGGUCGAGUGGGCCAGGGCCACUAGCAAUGAGGCCAAUGUCUUCAUGCUGUCCGGGCAAAAGAAGAAGGCUGACCCUUGUGAUGCCUACUCACAGUUGGUGGCCAAGCAGCUGCAGGUUGACGGAGAGAGCCGAGGCAGGAGGAUCGUCAACCUAAGAGAAGGCGUCCCCACGACCGAGCCCGCCCCCCAGCCGAAGCGGAUCUGCCGAGUCGGCAAGUCCGCCGUCAAGGUCCUAGACGCCCCUGAACUGAAGAACGACUACUACCUCAACCUGCUAGACUGGUCCUCUGAGGAUAUCCUGCUGAUCCUGCUCGGACACACUUCCUACAUGUACACGCCAGCAGCCAUCACCGCCCUUGACACCUGGGAGGACGGGUAUCUGUGCUCGGUGGCCUCGCUGCCUGGAUCGCCGGUUGCCGCGAUCGGGGGCAGCAACGGCCUGGUGCGAGUUUAUGAUCAGGCCCGAGGUCGUCCCAUUCGGCAGUUCGAGGGUCACGGGGCUAGGGUCAGUUCACUGGCCUUUGCUGGAAACCUUCUCUUUUCAGGAGGAAAGGACGGACUGGUCCAUGGCUACGACCUUAGGCAAGAGCACUGCAAGAUCAUGACCUUGCAAGGCCACCAGGGUGAGGUGUGCGGACUGAAAGCUGACCAGACUCAACUCGCCUCAGGCAGCAAUGAUAACAGACUGAUCAUCUGGGAUGUACGGCAACAGACCUACCGCCACGCCAUCCACGCCCAUCGGGCCGCCGUGAAGGCACUGGCUUUCUGCCCUUGGCAGCGUAACCUGCUGGUCUCCGGGGGUGGCUCCAGCGACAUGCAGAUCAAAUUCUGGAACACGGACUCAGGCGAGCUUGCGGGCCAGGCAGAGACGGACAGCCAGGUCUGCUCAUUGCUGUGGUGCCAGCAUGAGCGCAGACUGCUGAGCUCGCAUGGCUAUGUCCGAAACCACUUGUCGCUAUGGGACGUGAGCCACGCCGGCCGCGUGCUCCACCUCGCGAUGAACCCACAAGGCACAAUGGUCUGCUCGGCCUCCGCAGACUAA